AUGCCUGCGCCGGCGAGGAAGCGCGGGGAGUCGCGCGGCAUGGUUGGGCCUGACCGCCGCCGCGUCGUCCACGACGGGCUCAGCACGAACACGAAGCAGAUGACAGCCUUCGCUCCGGCCGGGAUCUCCCGCCAGGAUCCGCAGCUGAUCCUCAGGAAGCGGCUACGCGAGGAGAUGGAGGCGCUCCGCGGCCUCGUCAGGAAGGCCGAGCUCCUGUGCGGCAAGCGCCGCGCGGCACCUCGCUGCGGCAAGGACGACGGGCGGUUCUUGGAGGCGGAAGGCUGGUCGGAGUCGCCUACGGAGGCGGAGGGGACGACAUGUGCCAAGAGGAGGAAGACGACGCCCGCCGAACCCAGGAUGUCAGCGGACGAGAUCGCCGACCUGGUCGCCCGAGUAGCGUCGCUCUCCGAGAACAUGCCGGCGAGCAUCCUCGAGUUCCUCGAGGAGUGUACCGGUCACGAAGAUAGGAACAGAGGCGAGAUCGACAUCGGAUCCAUGAGGCGCUCGGCUAUGUUCGAGCUGAAGAAGAUGCUGGGCAAGUUCGCUAAAGAGGAGAAGCGCCGGUCGCCGCCGGAUCAACAGGAAGACGGCGAGAUCGUUGAUAUAUGCGGUGACGCCUCUCCCUCGGCAGCGCAAAAGGUUCUUCGUUAUCGUUCACCGCCGCGUUUACUCGAGGACGGCGAGAUAGAGGAGGAGGCAGAGGACAUGUCCGUCGACGUGUGCGGCGACGCGUCGCCUGUCGCCGAGAAGUUUGCCGGAACAGUAAACAGCCCAGGCAGUACCAGUAGCAGUUGCAGCGAUUCAUCACACUGUGACAGCAACGGCUCCGGCUCAGAAGACGAGAGCGUGACCUCUAGCUCCAUGAGCCCCGGCGGUGGCACUGCCUGCUCCCUAGAACCGGGCCUGGUUUCUCCCAGUCUUCCUGAAGUAGACGACGAGCCCGAGAUGGCACCGGAGGCGUUGCCGAAUGCACGAGGUCAGAAUCUCCUGCGGGCCGCGUCGUAUCGUGAUCUCGUCGCCAAGGCUUGUCGGAUGCAGCGCAGGCUGCACAAUCCGGAGAGGCUGAGAGCCUACGAAGAGCUGGAAGAGAUGGAGAGGAACGCGAAGCCGAUCAGCGACUGGAUACACCCGAUGCACCUGAGGCAGCUGGGGAUCACCCCGGUGGAGUACGCCGUGACCUCUGAGCGGCGUGUUCCUGGUCGCGGCAGCCCGGUGCGGAGGCUACUUGGGUUCUUCCUGAAAGCAGAGUAG